AUGAGUGUAGACGCAGGCGGUCUUGCUCAGAUGUCUUACAACAGCUUCCCAUCCAGCAAUGCCCUGGGCAUGCCUGGCUCUGGCUUUGCUUCCCGACGGGCUAAUGGUAACAACAUCAAACGUCUCUCUUUCGAGCCCUCGAAGCCUUCUGACUCCCAAGACAAUGGUGCUCCUACUCCUCGCACAUCGCGAUCCCACCUCCUUGCGGGCUUGAGAACGGCCCCCAAGUCGGCCACUUCGAGCACGUUUCCGUCGACUGCCCCUCCUACCCAGCUGCAGCACAACACGGGGAUUGCAGGGGGCAUCUUCGCGGAAAAGGAGUCUUACGCCGUCCCCAACACAGGCAACAGCUUGGGUCAGCGGAACGGCUUCGGCCAGAUGAAGCAAACGAAUGAACAGAUGUACCCUGUCCCAGAGCAGAUCCUUGCACCGCCAGAGAUUCUGGUCGAUGCCCAUGAACAGGAGCAGAUGGACCCAAAUUUGUACGCUCAACUGGUCGCCACGAACAUGUACCUUGCCGAGCAGCAGCAGCGUCUGCAGCAACAGCUUGCCAGCGUCCAAGCCGCCGCUCAGCAAUUCCAGGGCUUGAACAUGGGAAUGCAGCAACAGCAGUUUGCUACCCCUCCAAUCACCCCGCAGAACAUGUAUCAGCAGCAGGUGAAGAAUAACAUGCAGCCCAUCAUUACUCCUGUGAUGGGGCAGCCUGGAGUCUACUCGCACUACAACCCAAUGACUGGGGUUCAAAGCUACUUCAUGGACCAGACCCAGCAGUACAUGGAUCAACAGGCCGUGCAGCCACAGGCCAGCUUCACCCCACCGGAGCAGCACGCCACACCGCGAUUCCAAGUUUCGCCCCCUCCCCGGUCUGAUGUACCCAAGUUCAGCAGAAGCAUCAGCCCUCCCAAGAAAACGUCGUCCCCUCCUCAGGAUCACGCACCAUUGCCACCACCAUCGGCAGGCGCUUUCCGCCGUGGCCACCGCAAGUCAAACUCCAUAACCUUGAGUCUUGAAGGUGAAGCUCCUCUUGACGGACCUCGAUCGGCAUUGGGUCCAAAGACAGCAGGCUUUCCCUCUACUCCAGCAUUUGGGCCAGGCCAAGCUCGUGCCGGUGAGCACCCAGUCCGCCAACCACGCGGUCCACCAUCGUUGGAGGACUUGAUGGCCAAGCCGACGGCGAAAUUUGAGGGUAGCAAGAACUUUGCUACACGCACUCGCCGAAGCGCCGUCCACAACCUUGUCCGUGCUGGUAUCAACCGCAGAUCUCCCGGAAGUGCGGGCUCCGCAAGUAUUUCCCCUGUUUCGGAAUCAUUCUCCGUUUCAGACAAUGACUCGGACAGCGGUCGCAGUAGAAAUGGAAGUGGAAGUCUUACCGGUCGACCAGCCCUUGGAAGCCCUCGCACCUCGAUCCACGGCGCCAUUGGCUCUGAGCGUCCUUUGUCUCGCUCCAAAGAUCACUCAAUGGAACGAAAGUCGGUUGCAUCGUUGAACAGCAGCUCCACCCCCGCAAGCAGUGGAGAUGAGGGGUCUGGCGGUAGCUUCGCGGCCGCUUUCAAGAACGGAGUCAAGAAGUCUGACGCUCUAGUCUCGGGUCGAAAGUCUCCAAUGUUCGUUCUCGCUUCCGCGGCUGAGAAGCGCAAGAGCUGCCUCUCGUCAGGGCUCUAA